CAGACAGACCUUUUUAUUUUAUUGUUAGAUGAACUGCCUGGCUGUGCUACGAAGUUCUACCCUAUCAUUGUUAUAGCAACAACAUGAUUGCCACAGCAACAAGAGAUUCAUUAUUACAUGUAUAGCAACAAUACCUUCAAUGUAGUAUAUAUCUCUAUCAGCUCAGUGCUCCUACGAUCACUUCCAGUAUGAUAUUGAGUCGACUUAAACGCUUCUUUACACCAUGGAAGAUUCUACAAUUUGCUGUAUUUAUGACAUUCCUGAUCACAUUAUGGGAAUUAUACAUUCUAAACAAGGGCUUAAACUCAAAGGAAAGUAUUGUGACUCAGAAUAUACUAAAACAAUUGAAAACGCAAAAUAUAAUUACAACAAAAGCCCCAUUCGUUCCCACAUCUGCAAAACUAAUCCAGACAACUAACAUCUACGAUCAUUUUAAACAGCUCCAUGGUAUGGUAGAUUUGAGAAGAAACCCUACCACUUUAAAUAUGACAAUAUUUAACAGCAGCCUCUUGAAUAAACUGGUGUAUGAGGACCCCCAGGUGCCAAUGAGACUGCAUUCAGACAAUGGCUCUACAAUCAUUCCACAAAUUAUCCACCAAACUUGGAUGGACGAAAAUAUUCCUGAUCCAGAUCUGUAUUCAAAGUGGAUCCGCUCGUGGCAGUCGAACCACCCAACAUGGUCAUAUUGGUUCUGGACAGAUAAUUCAGCAAGAGAUCUUAUAAAAAAUUAUUACCCACAAUUCUUAGAACUUUACGAUAAAUAUCCAUUAUCAAUUCAUCGUGCUGAUGCUUUAAGGUAUUUUGUUCUAUACACCUAUGGAGGUGUCUAUGUUGAUUUAGACAUGGAGUCUCUGAAACCACUGGAUGCACUUACUACCCAGCAUGCAUGUAUAAUUCCCAGGGAACCUAUGCAGCAAUCAUACCUUGUUUGGAAGAAAACAAAAUUGGCUUCUAAUGCAUUUAUGGCUUGCAGACCACACCAUCCAUUUUUCAAAAUGGUUAUUCAAUCUCUACCGGAAAGUAACAUCAUAGGUAGGGGAAAGAUUGUUGAGAAAACUGGACCAGUCAUGCUCCAACGAAUAGUAGACUAUUAUUCAAGGCAACCAAUCGAACAAGAAAAUAAUUACGAUAAAAUACAUUCUCCCGAUUCUAGUUACUUUUUGCCAACAUUAGACAAGGAUGCAAUAGCAAAAUUGGACCAGAUGUGUAAAGUUAGGAUAAAAUAUGUCACAGAUAAAACUAUGUUAUCAUUAUGCAAUGAUAUGAUAAAAAGGAAUUUUUCAAAUAUUGUGACUCGGAAGGCGUACACCAAUCACAAUUGGGUACACACCUAUGUAAUGCCACCUGAUCAAACAAAACAUGUUAAUAUAAGGGAAAUUAUCAAAAAUGUAAAGUUAGGUUUUCUUAAAAUAAAUAGCUGA